AUGCCAUCAACAACAUUUGCUAUUGAUCGUUCAAAUCCUAAUUUAUCUUCGUCGAAUUUUCAUCAAAGUCUAUCUCUUACUUCAACUAAUACAUGUUCAAAUAAUCGUUAUUCCUAUCCUGACAUUCUAUCAUCAUCUUCAUCAACAUCAUCAUUAAAUUAUACUGAUCUACUUCGUACAUGGAAUUAUCAUAGAUUUAUAACAUCAGCAUUAACAACUGAUCAUUUGUCAGAUAAUUCUUCUAGUGAUUAUUAUCCACGUAAUGGUUCUUUGCAUCAAUGUUAUCCUCAUACAUUACAAAAAUCUUUACAUCAUCAAACACAUGAUGAUAUUCUUUUAAAGAAAUUUCAUCGUGAUACAUUGGUUACCUUAGAUACAGGUGAAUUAAAAAAUAUUCAACAAUUAACAAAAAAUGAUUUUUUAAAAAGUGCAAAACAAAGUCAUCAAUAUUCAAGUGUUUUAGCACGAGUCGAUUAUAUUGGUUCGAUUGAUAAAUCAACUGGUAGAGUCGAAUUACGUUUUUAUAUUGAUGAUAUUAGAAAAACAGCUUCAUGUUAUGUUUUACCAGCUGUACCAUUUUUUGUUCAUCAAUAUUCAUGUUGGUCAUCUAUAUCACCUGAACAUACACAUCAUCAAUGUGGUUUAAAAUGUCGUCAAUUAGAAUGUGGUGAUAUAAUAAUAGCUGUAACUGAACAACGAAAAUUUUCAUCAUCAUCAUCGAAAAUCAAUGAUAAAUCUAAUUAUAGUCAACAAUCAUCAACAAGCUAUGUAGCUGAAAAAUACACAAAUGGACAAACAUCACCAUCCAUUAAACGUCAUAAAUCAUCAAAUGAAUAA